UAUUAUAUUGUAUACCGACGCCGAUUGAUAUGUAGGCACAAUAAUAUGUAUUCGUGCUGAGGACACGUUACGACUAUAUCGCGGAUUACUCGAGCGUUUCUAUAAGUUUACAUUGCAUCCGAACUCUAUAAAUUAAAAAAUAUAUUAUUAUAUAUUAUUGUAAAUUGUAAUAUUAUAUACGUAUCUACUCGUUGUUGUCGGGUUCUCUAGUUCGUUUCGGAGAAAUAUACGUACAAGUCGGACUGCUGUAUAUACUAGGACAAAUCCACCGAACUGUAUAUUAUAAAUUAUAAUAUAUAAUAUUAAUUGAUAUUACAUAUUACUACUUUUAUUUGCCAUACGAUAAUAUAUUUCCAUAAUAAUAUGCUGAAAACUGUCGUAGCACGAUCGGUCAGACUUGUGUAUACUGUACGGCAGCAACCUGAGUGAGAAAGCAGACGACAAGACGUCAAGUCGGUGUUCCAUUUGAACAACAACAAAACUGCCGACACAAUUAUACCACAUAAUACGUCGUACACACACAGCGUCAUCAUGUCUGUCGAGAGGACUGCAGCGUGACACGACUACAUCGAGCACGUGUGGAUUGCAGACUGCGUGUGGUGCGAUCGCUUACGAUAAUUUACCACACUCGUAUCAAACACGACCGACAUGGCUACGUCACUGAAAUGGCUACUGUCGAUGGUGGCAAUAAUUACGAUGACUGGACUAAACGCGAUGGCCGCGGACGACUGUUUGCCGAGGAAGUUCGCGUACGGCACAGUGUGCGUGUGCAACUCGACGUACUGCGACCGAAUUCCGGAACCGGAAACACUAUCGGCCGGCAAGUACGCGCUGUACACGUCUUCGAACGUCGGAAGUCGGAUGCGCAGGAGCAGCGGGUCUUUCGUGCAGUCGCUCGACUCGCAAUGGUCCGGCGACGAGAUAGACGUGGAUGCGACAACCACGUACCAAACCAUAUACGGUUUCGGCGGUGCGUUCACAGACUCGGUGGGCAUUAAUGUCAUGGCGCUGAGCCCGAACACCCAACUCAAUCUCCUCAAGUCUUAUUUCGCUGACGACGGUAUCAAGUACAACAUUGGGAGAGUGCCGAUCGGUGGUACUGAUUUCUCGACACGCAAGUAUACGUACGCCGACAGCAAAGGCAUUCCAGACCUGAACAAUUUUGACCUGGCUCCCGAAGACGCAGAAUACAAGAUACCACUGAUAAAGACCGCAAUGAGUAUGGCAUCGGACGAAAUCAAGUUGAUCGGAUCGGCGUGGUCGGCCCCGCCGUGGAUGAAAACCAACAACGACUAUUCCGGCAUAGGUUUCCUCAAGCCAACAUUCAUGGAAGCGUGGGCGGAAUACCAUCUAAAAUUUUUGGACGCAUACAGCAAACAAAAUUUGACUUUCUGGGCUCUGACCACGGGGAACGAACCGCUCAACGGCAUCGUGCCAGUCAACCGAUUCAAUUCCAUGGGCUGGACGCCGAUGUCGCACCGCGAAUGGAUCGGACGUCACAUGGGGCCCCGACUAAGGGGUUCUGAACACAACCGCACCCUGUUGUUCGCCAUUGACGACCAGAGGAUCGUAUUGCCUUGGUGGAUGAAAAUGCUUAUGAACGACGAACAGUGUGCAAAGUAUAUCGACGGAAUAGCCGUUCACUGGUACUUAGACUUUAUCGUCCCUGUCAAAGUUUUGAAUGAAGUGCACAAAAACUUUGGUGACAAGAUCAUAAUGAACACUGAAGCAUCGCAAGGUGACAAGCCGUGGGAUUUCGUCAAAGUGCAAUUGGGAAGUUGGGCCAGAGCUGAAAAUUACGCGAACAACAUCAUCGACGAUUUAAAUCAUUGGGUGCAAGGAUGGGUGGAGUGGAAUUUAGCUUUGGACAUGACGGGAGGUCCGACCUGGGUGUCUAACUUUAUCGAUUCGCCCAUAAUUGUUGACAAAACUAAAGAUGAAUUCUACAAGCAACCAAUGUUCUACGCCAUUGGACAUUUUUCAAAAUUUAUUUCCAGAGGGUCCACGCGCAUAAAGUUAACACAGACUUCCGUUGUGAAGUCUGUUGGUUUUAAAAGGCCUGACGGAGCCGUGGUUAUUGUUCUGUACAACAGGAGGAACAAACCAGUCAACAUUUCUAUCAGGGACCCACAACGAGGUGUUAUAGGUCUCAGUUUACAAAAACAAUCUAUAAAUACACUAAUAUUUUGGUGAUAUAAUCGAUAAUAGUUUUACUUAUAAGUUAUUUAUAUUCUAUAAUGUUUGAUAUAAAUGAUAAAUGGUAUAAUAUUAAAAGUAUUCAUUAAUUAUUACUGAAUGCUGUUACUUUUUAUUUGAAUUAAACGACUGUUAUAUUUUUUAAUCUUAAUUAUUUUAUUUUCCAACAUAUAAUGACUAGAUACAUUCAUGUUCAACAAUUUAUUUAGAAAUAAGUUAUAGUUCAUAAAAUAGUUAAUAGUAUAUCAUGUCCAAACGGUGUUUCAUAUUAUAUCCUUAAUUAAUUAACAAACAGUGGUAUUGAAUACAAUAAUUUCUUUGCUACUAUGUAAUUAUUGGUAUGUAAACAAUAUUGAUAAAACAU